UAUGUUUGUGACCCUGCUAAAAAGGUAUUUUCUCAUUGCCAUUGCAUUAACUACAGGGAAAACCUCUGGAAGUGGCAGUUUCAGCAAAUUACCAGAUUCAAAAUUUCAAAUAUAUAAUGCCAGAGCUCAAGUGAACGGCCAUGGUAGCAGUUUCAGCAAACUACCAGAUUCAAAGUUUCAAAUAUAUAAUAGAAAAUCACAAGUGAACGGCCAUGGUAGCAGCUUCAGCCAACUACCAGAUUCAAAGUUUCAAAUAUAUAAUAGAAAAUCACAAGUGAACGGCCAUGGUUUCAGCUUCAGCAAAUUACCAGAUUCAAAAUUUCAAAUUUAUAAUAGAAAAUCUCAAUUGAACAGCCAUGGUAUCAGUUUCAGCAACCUACCAGACUCAAAAUUUCAAAUUUAUAACAGGAAAUCUCAGGUGAAUAGCCAUGGUACAAAUCCAACUAAAGAUCAACUCUACAAUGACAAAAACAUUACAAUAUUCUUCCUUGGAAAGGAUUUGCACCGCGGCUCAAGCAUGAAUCUGGAGUUUGUUGAGUCGCUAAAGAUUACUACACUAUUCCUGCCAAGACAAGUUGCUGAUUCCAUUCCCUUUUCCUCCAAAUCUGUUCCUGAGAUAUUGAACAAAUUCUCACUGAAGCCACAAUCAGAAGAAGCCGAAACUAUUAAGAAAACAAUUGCAGAGUGCGAGAUGCCUGGAACAAAAGGGGAAGACAAGUACUGUGCGACUUCACUCGAGUCAAUGAUUGAUUUCACUACUUCCAAGCUGGGGAAAGAUGUUCGAGCAGUUUCAACUGAAGCAGAAAAAAUAGAUACCAAAAUCCGAAAAUAUACUAUUAAGGAUGUUGCCAAGUUGAACACGGCUGAUAAAGUCGUUUCUUGCCAUAAGGAAAAGUAUCCGUACGCAGUAUUUUACUGCCACACAUCGCAGAGUAAUGCAUAUAUGACCAAUUUGGCUGCUGCUGAAGAUGAAGCUAAAGCUAAAGCUGUGGCUGUUUGCCACAAGGAUACAUCACAAUGGGACUCAGAGCAUUUGGCCUUUCAGUUGCUAAAGGUGAAGCCAGGAACUGCUCCAAUCUGCCAUUUCCUUCCUGAGGAUCACAUCAUUUGGGUUCCAAAGUAAUAAAUAUUCUGCAACAAUAUUGCCGGCAUCCCCUGUCCGGGAGUGUAUCAAUAUUUGUCAAUUUAACAUGGCAUUUAUAUUUGCUGCAGUGUGGGAGUUCCAAUCACAUGCUCCUUUUUUUGUUUUUUUGGUUGUUUCAGUCGCAUGUUCUUCCCAUGAUUAAAUGAAACC